AUGGUGUUCGAGAAUCCCAAAAUUGAAGUUCCUCCCAACUGUGGCCGACGGCUGAUGCCCGCCGUGCUGGACGAGGUGGCCGAAAAUGAUCCUCAGCGCGUGUUCGUCUCGGUGCCCAAGAGCGCCAAUUUGGCUGAUGGGUUUCAAGAUAUCACCUACGGCACCUUUGCGAGGGUCGUGAACAAGUGCGCGUGGUGGAUCCGCGAGCAAUUGGGUGAAGACUCGAUACCGAAGACGAUGCUCUACAUGGGACCGCUGGAUGUGCGGUAUCUCAUCAUCAUCUUAGCAGCAGCCAAAGCAGGGCACAUGGCAUUCUUCAGCUCCCACCGCAACAGCCUGGAGGCUCAUCUGUCUCUCCUCGACAAUUGCGGGUGCGACACAGUCCUCAUUCCCAGUCGCUCGCCCGCGAUCCUCAACCCCAUCCUCGCCGCUCGGCCGAUGGACCGGAUCUCCACCCCAGAUGUUGAUUUCUUCUUCCAAGAGCUCGAUCAGGUCGAGCCCAUGCCCUUUACCCUCACAUGGGAGGAAGGCAAGACCAAGCCGUUCUGCGUGCUGCACACCUCCGGGUCGACGGGCAUCCCCAAGCCGGUGUUCGUGACAUACGGUACCUUUGCCAGCAACGACGCGCACCAGCUCAUUCCCUCGCUUGGGGGCAAACCCACGCUGAUCAACUACCUCGCGGGCCAACGGCUCUUCCUCGCUCUCCCCGUCUUCCAUGCCGCGUGCCUCACCUUCACGCUCGUCUUCAACAUCUUCGGCGGCGUAACCUGCGUACUCCCGCCGCCGGGCCCCAUGACGGCCGACAUGGUCAACGAAGUCUUCCUGCACGGCAACCUAGACGGCGCCGUGAUGGCGCCUUCCCUGAUCGUGGACUGCUACAACCACAACACCUACUGCGUGAACAUGGUGCAGCGACUGAGAUUCCUAGCCUACGUCGGAGGCGCGCUCCCGGAGGAAGUCGGCAACGUGCUGACGACGCGCAUCAAGCUGAUGACGAUGAUGGGGUCGUGCGAGACGGCGCUGCACCCGCUGGAGCUCAAUGCUGACCCAGCGGACUGGCAGUACCUGACGAUCAGCCCGUUCCUGGGCCACACGUUCCGGCCGGACCGCGACGGGCUGUACGAUCUGGUGUUUGUGCGCGACCCGCGCUUCGAGACCUUCCAGGGUGUUUUUCGCACCUUCCCGGGCAAGACCGAGUUUGCCAUGGGCGAUCUCUUCGAGCAGCAUCCCUCUCACCCGGAGUCGUGGGUCUUCCGCGCCCGCACUGACGAUAUCAUCGCCUUCACCACCGCCGAGAAGCUCAACCCCAUCACCAUGGAGAGCGUCAUCGCCACCAACCCCAAGGUCAAGGCAGCUGUCAUCGGCGGUCAGGGCCAAUUCCAGGCAUCCGUGCUCAUCGAGCCGUAUGUCUACCCCAAGACCAAGGAGGAUGAGGAGCAGUUCAUCCGCGAUAUCUGGCCCAGUAUCCUCCAGGCCAACCGCGACUGUCCGGCUCAUGGCCGCAUCAUGCGCGGGUUUGUCAUGUUGACGAAGCCGGAGAAGCCGAUGCCGAUCGCUGGGAAGGGCACCGUGCAGCGCCAUCAGGUGCUGAAGUUGUAUGCGGAGGAAUUCAAGGAGCUAUAUGAGCGGAUGAGACCGCACGUGAAGAAGGAGGUGGUGGAGAAGAAGUUGAAAGCGCAGGAACCCCAUCUGCAGAUGAAUGAGAGUGAGGCUGGAGAUGAGCUGGACUGUAGGGUCCAGGAGGCGCUUGAUCGCGUGCUACCGGGUGCGGUGGAGCGGGCUGUGCAAGAGGUAUUGGCCAAGUUGCUGGCUGGGCUUUCGGGGCAGCAGCAGCAGCAAAUUGCCUCUCCUGUGGAGAGUGUACCAGAGUCCACACCAGUCGCAGUGAAUGGAUACGCGGCGCCGCAACCAAACAGAGAAGCAGAGUCAGCUCCAGCCGGUCCGCCUGAUCUCAAGAAGCUCGUCUACGACCAACUCGGCGAAAAUCUGGAUGUGCAGCAUGUCCAGGACGAUUCAGAUCUCUUCCAGUUUGGACUGGACUCGCUGCAGGUCAUUGAGUUGACCAAUGCCUUGAAUGCGUACAUCAUCAAGUGGCGCCCAGGGAAGGAAUUACUGGAGCCAAAGGUGGUGUACGAUAACCCAUCGGUGGAGAGGAUCCUGGGUCUUGUGGAGAGUGACGCCAAGGCAUGAGUGACAGUGGGAGUCAUACACUAUGUUCCAUAUAGUUUGUUAUAAUACUAUUUCUUGUACC